CCCCGCCCCGCGCCCGGCCGCUGCGCGCGGUGUCCGUUGGCCGGCGGAGCGCCAGGCGCGCGGGCCGCGAUGGACAGGAGCUGCACCCUGAGCUUCCUGACGGUGGACAGUCCGCUGGGCCCCAUCCAGCUCUCGGGCUGCGAGCGGGGCCUGCACGAGAUCCAGCUGCCGCGCCAGGGCCAUCCGGGAGGCGGCCCGGUGGCAGCCCCCGCGCCCCCCAAGGACACGCCGACGCCGCUGGAGCAGUGCGCAGCCUGGCUGCACGCCUACUUCCGCGAGCCCGCAGCUGCGGGGCUGCUGCCCUGCCCGGCCCUCCACCACCCGCUCUUCCUGCAAGGUGCCUUCGCCGGGCGGGUGCUGCGGAAGCUGCAGGCGGCCGUGGGCCCCGGCGAGGUCGUCUCUUACCAGCAGCUGGCCGUCCUGGCGGGCAGCCCCAAGGCUGCACGGGCCGUGGGAAAUGCCAUGAGGAACAACCCUGUGCCCAUCCUGUUUCCCUGUCACCGCGUGGUCUGCAGCAGCGGCGCCGUGGGCCGGUUCUCCGGUGGCUGUGGCGUGAAGGAGUGGCUUCUGGCCCACGAAGGCAGCCUGGCGGAACUGCGGCCUGGGGGCAAGGGGGCCCCCCUCCAGGCGGAACCUGCGGGGACCCGCGGGGGCAUGGCCCACCCCCGCCGCGGAAGCAAGCGUGCGGAGGGAGCAGAUGUUUGAGUGACAUAUAAGGGGAGGGCCGGGGUCCUCGGGGAGGCCGCGCUGCCCCCCCAGCACGCGGGGACCCACCGAGGACCAUCUCGGCCACAGCCCCGGGCGCCUCCCGGCCCUUGGCUUGGGCUGUGGGGGUGGGCAGGCGGCAGGCCGCGGGGGGCAGGAGGUGGUCCUGCACGUACGUGAGCCCCCAGCUGCCAGCAGAGCACCAGGGGGCGCAGGGCCACGUGCUGGGCCACGUGACCGUCUGCCCUCCCCUGGGCCGGCCGGGGUGAGGCUGUCUCUGCUUCAGCCCCCCGAGGUUGCACUGUGUGGGCUCGGACCCUCCCAGCGCAGGACCUGGCCGGGGGCUCAGCCUGCAGUGCUCCCCGCCGAGGCCUGGGUGCCCCCUUCUCUGUCCCGCACACAGUGGCAGCCGUGCCCCGACCAUCUCCAGCCCUGCCCUUUGCUGUAUCUUCUUCCAGAUCCACCAUAUCCCUUGUUUCUCCCCCGGAGACACGGUGGGGAGGGCGCCUGCCUGGCACACGGCCGACCCAGGUUCGAUCCUGCACCGCCACGAGUGAUCCCUGGGCACCACCAGUUGUACC